AUGACAUCAAAUAUUUCCACAGCAAUAACAAUUGAUUCAUCUGUGAAUCGAUUAAUUUCAGCACGAAUUGGAUUUCGGCAAAUUGGUCAGCCAAUUCUUUUCACUUUCGGUCUGAUUGGUUGUUCAUUAAACAUCCUUAUAUUUCUCCGUCCAUCAUUAUGUACAAAUUCUUGUGCGAUCUGUUUUCAUACAAGUACAUGGGCAAAUCUAUUCUGUUUAACAUUCAGUUUAUUUGUUGGAAUGAUUUCAUUUUUUAUCAAUUAUAAUUUAUUGUUAUACAAUACACUUUCGUGUAAAAUGCGAUAUUAUAUUUUAACAAAUUGUCAACUGAUCAGUCGUGCGUGCGUUGUUUUCGCAUGUUUAGAUCGUUUUUUCUUGUGUUCACCGAAUGUUCAUCAUCGAUUAUUUUGUCGAUCGAAAAUUGCCAUUCGAAAUCUGUUCAUUAUCAUUGGUUUUUGUUCCUGUUUAACAGUUUAUGUUUUAGUUGUUUAUGACGCAUUUCCUCAAACACGUCAAUGCACAACGAAUUCAAGUGCUGGAAGAAUUAUCGAUACAGCUGUUUUGUUUGUUUUCAAUUUUGGAAUUCCAGCGGUGUCGAUGACAAUUCUGAGUUGUGCAAUUCUUUGGCGAUUGAAACAAAAUGCGAAGAGAUUGGAUCAACAAAAAAUAAACGUUCGUAAACGUGAUGUUCAACUUGCGACAAUGCUUCUUGGCCAAGUUGUUUUAUAUAUUUUGACUGCGUUGCCCUUUGUGAGCAAUUUUGUUUAUAUCACACUUACACAAUAUGAUUUACCAUCGAGUAAAUCAGCUUAUCGAAGUUCUGCGGAGAGUUUAGCGAUAACAGCGACAGGAGCUUUUGGGAUUUAUGUAUUUAAUGCGAUGACAUUUUAUGUUUACACAUUAACUGCGCCAAGUUUUCGCCGUCAAUUAGUUUCAUCAGUCAUCCCGAGAAGAUGGAUCAAUGGUUUUCAACGAGCUGAUCCUUAG